CCUUUUGAGGUUUGUGACUUCCUAUUACUGAAAUUAUACGCCCAUGAGGCUAGUGCCGGGUACUAUGUCAUACACAAACACACAAUAAGAUGACACCGAGAUCUCAUCAGCCUUGAAAAAAGAGUGACAGAUCUCAGCAGUGUGAAGCAAAAGAGAGUUAAAUGACAUCAUCGCAGUACAACUCCAACAUGGUGGACUGUCCCGUCAGCCAGAUAAACACAAAUAUCAGCAUGUUUCACGCAUCGAACCAAACAACCAAAAUGAGUUCUUUGAGCGUGUUUGCCAUUUCCCUCCAUGGCUUGGUCUCUACCAUUGGCAUCAUAGAAAACCUCCUCAUCCUCGGAAUAGUGGGCUUCCAUGUUCGUCGCUCUGUCAUUAGUGUCUGGAUCCUGAACCUCGCAGCCUCAGACCUGCUAGCCACUGCCUCCCUGCCCUUCUUCACCCUCUACAUGGCCCGCGGCAACACCUGGACCCUGGGCGCAACCUUCUGCCGCCUCCAUUCCUCCGUCUUCUUUCUCAACAUGUUUGUCAGUGGCUUCUUGCUGGCGGCCAUUUCUAUGGACCGCUGCCUGGUUGUGCUGAAACCCGUCUGGGCACAGAACUACAGGAAUGUCCAACUUGUGGGGAAGAUAUGUGGGGUGAUUUGGGCCUUGGCUUUCCUCUUGACAAUCCCCUUCUUCAUAUUCCGUGACACCAUUAUCCUACGUAGCGGCCAGAUCUUGUGUUACUACAAUUAUGCUCGACUCCUCCCUGCCAAACCAUUUGAGCUGAGGUCUUUGUGUAAGGAACGCAUGGAGGCCUUGGCCUUCAUGAGGCUCUUUCUAGCUUUCCUGAUCCCUCUACUGCUCAUCAUCCUUAGUUAUGGUGCCGUGAACGCCAGCUUGGCGCGCAGAGGCUGCCGGCGCCCUUUCCGUUUCGUUCGGCUCGUAGUGGCCGUGGUGGUGAGCUUCAUACUCUGCUGGGCUCCGUACCACUUGUUCAUCACCAUGGAGGUGAUCGCCCCCAGUGGACAUCCUGCACACAAAUUUGCGAGCUCGGCUCUCCCAAUCUCAGCGACCAUCAGCUUCCUUAACAGUGUCCUUAACCCCGUUCUGUAUGUGUUCAGCUGCCCUGACCUAUGCAGGAAGAUUAGGCAUUCCCUGGGCGCUGUAAUGGAGAGCGUUUUGGCUGAGGAUCUGGCAGAGUUCGCUCGACGCCGCAGCACCGCUCGCUCCUCAAUCAGCGCAUCCGAGAUGGUGAUGAAGCAGAGGAAUUCUGUGACAAACUUAACAGGUAAAGAUCAGGAGCAGACUUACACUCUUACUGACUCUGUUCAGAACUGAUUGAAUGCGUAACGUGAUUUUUUUAAAUAGUGCCCAAGCUGUUAUUUACUUCUUUGGACAGCCUUUAUUUGUAAUUUUGUAGUUUUUUCUCUAUAUUGGAUCUCAUUUUAGUGAGAAGCCCCCGGGUUUUCUGAAAUGCUCCCGUUUGAAUUUGCUGUUGAUGAUAUGUCUUUGCAUAAAUUGAGGAUACUUGUUAUCGCCAAGCAUCACUCUCAUCUGUACAACAGAGUAAAAGCUAUUUUCAAGGAGGCUUUAUGAUGAAUCAGUUGGAGUAGUUGGAGGAGCUGGUGGGAUAACAUUUCACUGGCAUUCUACUACAUACAAUUUCAAGUGACAAAUAAUGUUGACUGAAUGCUUGAUGGAUUCAGUAAUUUCAGACUCGCCAAUUUGCGCCUGCAAAAUACUGUUUUCACUGACCUCCUGUUGCUUCCUAAUUCUCUUUGCUUCAAUUUUAUUUUUUUUCAAUCAAUGUUAAACUAAUUUUCCUGCACAAA